UACCUUUAAUCAGUAAAUGUUUCAUACCGGCCGACAGAUAAGUAUUUAAAUCAGUAUUUAUUAUCAAUUAGAGUUAUAGUUGUGAAACGGGACACCUCUAAACAGUAUCAUGUCCUAUGGCCAUGGAUCACUUCAUAAUUGCUUAACAAGGUGUAGUUUCCGGCUUUCAAACUGUCAUCAUUGACACCAUUUGGAUAAUUCUAUAGGGCACACUGAAACGCUAGGUCACGAAAAUCUAUCCUCAGGCCAGUUUUAUAAAUAUUUUAGAUGUAAAAGACGAUUAUAGGAGGUUCUUUGGGUCUUGGUAAAAUGGAGAAUGUAAAAAAUUUAACAAAGUGUGAAAUUAAUCCGACAGAUUACAAACUAUGUUCCCCGUAUACAUGUGUUACAAGAGAGACCCCAUGUCGGACAGGAUGUGGCCCAUACGAGUACACAUGUGCUAACUCCGGAUGCAUUCCGGACAGCGAUCUUUGCAACACAAUUGACAACUGUGGCGACAACAGCGACGAAAACAUUUGUAAUCGUCAGCAGACGACUACAGAAUUACUCUCUACACCUGUUUUGGCGGGAAUAAUUGCAGGAUGUUUGGUGUUCCUGUUUAUUAUCAUUAUGGUCACUGUUGUCUUCUUCAAAUGGAAAAGAAGGCGGCGGAAAACGACAGGAAAAGAUCUCUCCAAAGAUUGUGAAAUGAACAAAGAAGAUCAUCUUCAUGAAAACAAAGCGUUAGUUACAAGUGCUUCUAUGGAAGAUUCAAAUGAACGCCAUACUACAAAACAGGAGGAGAAAGUUUCAAAACCUAGUGAAUUUCACACACCUCUCAAAGACAAGUAUCAUAUACCUUUCGAUUUUGAGGAAGGUUUACUGUGCACCUCUACACCAAAACAACCUCUUAGACAGCUGUUGAUGACUAUUAAAUCAAUAGAUGAUGAUGAUUAAUAAUUAUAGAAUUAAAAAUAUAACACAUUUCAAA